GGCGCUCAGCCGCUGGGAGCAGCACGAGGGGUUCCUCAGAUGAUCCACACGGGAGCAGCUUCUGUCUGCACUUGAAUAGCUGAAGCUGGAGAAAGGGGGUGAAAGAGGGGCUUUGUCUCCCUUGUGAACAGCGUCUCCUUUUAAUGCCCAGAGGUUCCUUGCUGCAGUGGGUUACUGAGCCUGCGACUGGCCCCUGCCUGGGGACCGAGUUCUCAAGAUGGAAGACAAGAAGAAGAAGAGGAGUCCAAAGCCUGGCUUAGCUCAGCCUGUGUCGUCCAGCGCUCUGCGCAAACUGCCCGUCCCCACCAGCAAAAGCACCACCUUCUCUCUGGGGCUGCCUCACCUGCCCUCGCCAAAGCAACGGGCCAAAUUCAAAAGGGUGAACAAGGAGAAAUCUCGUCUGCCUCAGCCUGGGGGCAGUGGGGGCGCAGCACUGGGGGCCCCUCUGCAGCACUCCUUCCUGACCGACGUCUCGGACGUUUAUGAGAUGGAGGGUGGGCUGCUGAACCUGCUCAAUGACUUUCACUCGGGCAAACUGCAGGCCUUUGGGAAGGAGUGCUCCUUCGAGCAGCUGGAGCACGUCCGGGAGAUGCAGGAGAAGCUGGCACGCCUGCACUUCAGCCUGGAUGUCUACGUGGAGGAGCUCUCUGAGGACCAGAAGAAGACGGUGGCAGAUAGUAACUUAGAUCAGCUGCUGACUAAUUUGGAAGAGCUCAGCAACUCCAUCCAAAAGCUGCACCUAGCGGAGAAUCCAGACCUGGAGGACGCUGCCACUGCCUAGCUGGCUGCCUGGUCCCUACAUAAGCAACAGAGGGCAGCAUUGAGGAUUCUGGAGCCAAGGGAGAGCUCCACCAGCUUGAAUUUCUGUCAUGGCCACCUCUGAACUGUACAGAAAUGUAGGCGUAUAAAAGGAAGGACACCCCUAAGAGAAGGGGGUUGGGGGUUGGGCUGGGGGAGGGGUAUGUUGUCUAAUAAUUUUGUAUCAAAAUCCAGGAUUUUUAGAGCAUCCGAAAAGGCCAAACACUGUCAAGGUAACUUGAAAAGUGAACAAGAAAAUCGUAGAGGAAAGACGGGGAAUCAGCAGUGCUGGAUUCUCUCUCCUGAUCGCUUCCCAGCUCACCAUGUGACCUUGGGCAAGUCGCUCGCUGCACCUCUCUGUGCCUGAGUUUUUUUCCUCCCCCUUCUUUUAAAAAAUGGGGUUAAUGAUACUUGAGCAACCUUGUAUAAAGCUUUUUGAGAUUCCUGGAUAAAAGGUGCCAUAGCAAACAAAGCAUUGUUAAUGGGAGAUAGAACAUUUAAUUUUCAGGCUGUGGGUUCCACUCUGAUUCAGUUUGGACCAUUUGAGGGGCUGUGAAUGAAAUGAGUUUGGUGGGUUUCAGUCAGGUUCCUAGUGGACAAACAGCUACAUCACAAAACCUUGCAAAAUACUCCAGGCCUUUUGUAGAAAUUCUUUCUGUGUGGGCUGGGUAAUAUUUCCAUUCCAACAAGGAUAGAAGUGGUGGCUUUGCUAGACCAGACACCAAAUGUAAGAAGAGAGGAGUUUAAACAACUAACAUUUCUACACUUACACACACAUCCACUUUUAAACAGCUAAGCUGCUUCAAUUUGACACUGAAGGUGAAUAGAUGAGUGUAUGUUUACAUGUCAGAAUGUUUUUCUAGUAGUAGAAUGUAGCACUAAAUAAUGAAAUUGUAAUGUAAAUAAACUAGGUGUGGUAUUUUGCUGUUUUCACCACGACUUUAAUUAAUGUGUAAAGAAGGAAACACGGACGG